GGAGUGCUUGAUUGUAGUCAAUAUACUUGCAAGUAUGUUUUAGGUAACAUGCAAUUAAUAACUAAAGCAAAUAGAAAACGUGUUAAAGGGAUGGCUGACCGGUAAAACUUCUUAGAUUCAAAACAAACUCCCUUCCUGGCAUAUCAAAUCUUAAUCCAGCUCCGAUGUAAUAACCCAUAGGAAAUCAAAAUCAUUGUCUUCCAAUAUUUGUAAUAAAUCAUAGACAUUAUAAUAAAACUUUAUAAACAUAGGAACAAGAAAGGAUUUUUUUUAGGUGUAUUUUUGCAAAAGGUGCUCAUUUAAUGAAAAUCAACCUUAUGCUUCUUAGAAAGCAUUUAGAUGACAGCACUCUUUUCAUUCUAUGUUGAGCAAAUAGGUAAAUGAUUCCUUUGGGAUCUAUUUGAUUGUCUUGCUUUAUUCAUUUUCCACGACAGAAUUUUAUGGGGAUGGGGGCAACCCUUCAAAAUAUGUACAUACCAAAUAUGCCAGUCAUUACUCCGAAAAUGGUAUAAGGAAUCAAUUAACUGACCUUACACUGCAAACCGGGUAUCAUUUAAUCUUGUGUAUAGCAAUAAUUUCUUUCACAUUCAUUCAAUGUCAAAUCUUUGUUUAAAAAUUCGUAAAAAUCGUUAAAACCACCAAAAAUCAUCUAAUUUGUACUUGUGCCCAGUUUAAAGCUGUCCAUAUGAAUUGUAAACAAAGAUUUUUAUUUAAACGAAUGUGAAAGAAAUUAGUGCAAAUGACACCCGAGUUACAGUGAUAUCUGAAAAUGAAAUACUGACCCCAAAAACAUUAGUUCAGACACCAAAUUUACUAUAUUCGUAUGUGUGGAUUAUCGGUCGGUCGUAGGUUUUUAGGAAGAGAUGCCCUCGAAAUUGACAAACUUUCCGGUACUGUGAUGUUGGUAAUCUAUCAGAAACCACCCAAAAAACUUUUCUUGCAGUUGUUGCGUGUUUGCCUCUCUUGAAAUAUGAUAGAUGGUUAAAAACAAAACUAAGUCUAAUAAUAUUAAAUCGCCUUCUUAUUAAUAAAAAUACCACAUGAUACAAUUGCAAUAAGUACACUUUAUAUUUAGCAGUAUGUUUAAGUUGCUAUUGUUAUGAUGCAGGUUAGUAUGGAUUAUUCAAAAUGAACGCUUUCUGGUGUAAAAUAUCAUCAUUUUUUUUAUAGGAGAGGAUUUUAUAUGUUGGAGGUUGAUAAACCGCGGCAAUGAUUAUGAUUUGGAAUUUCUCUUCUGCAUUAUUCUAGUCAAUUACUGUAUAUUAUACAUUCUAUUUUACGUUUAUAUCUAAGUUGAAUUAUGGAAUAUAAUGUACACUCAAACAAACAUCAAUUAUCCGUUAUCUUCGGAUAUGAGUUACUCGGGUAGGAGGUGGUCCACGUCAUAUUUUAGACUUACCGUGCUUAUAAAAAUGGCGGAUGUCUGUUUCCAGCAGAAAAGACGUAAUUAUUAAUUUGAUAUAAGGUACAGAGAGAAGAUCAAGAGAAAAGCUGAAAAUGUCAAAGCAUUCUGUUUCCAAUAAAAACUUUCAAUGUGAUAUUUGUGGUAAAUCAAUAAGAGACUCUACUAGUUUAAAUAGUCACAUUAUGAUUCAUACUGGGGAGAGGCCAUAUAAAUGUGAUGUUUGUAGGAAAUCAUUUACCAAUAGUAGCAGCCUACAGCAACACAUCAAAAUACAUACUGGUGAAAAACCCUUUUCUUGUGAUGUUUGUAAAAAAUCAUUUACCCAUAGCAGUAAUCUGGAACAACACACCAGAACCCAUACUGGUGAAAAACCCUUUUCUUGUGAUGUUUGUAGUAAAACAUUUACGACUUGUGGUAAUCUCCACGUACACACCAGAAUCCAUACAGGGGAAAAACCCUUUUUUUGUGAUGUUUGUAGUAAAACAUUUACCACUAGUAGAGGUCGAGAAAAACACACCAGAAUUCAUACUGGUGAAAAACCCUAUUCUUGUGAUGUUUGUAGAAAAUCUUUUACCACUAUUGAUAAUCUACAUUCACACACCAGGACUCAUACUGGCGAAAAACCCUUUUCUUGUGAUAUUUGUAAAAAAUCAUUUACGCAGAGUAAUAAUCUACAAGUACACACCAGAAUCCAUACAGGUGAAAAACCCUUUUCUUGUGAUGUUUGUGAAAAAUCUUUUACCUCUAGAAGUUAUCUACAGAUACACACCAGAAUUCAUACUGGUGAAAAACCCUUUUCUUGUGAUGUUUGUACGAAAUCAUUUACGAUUAGUAUUAGUCUACAGCAACACAUGAAUACACAUACAGGCGAAAAACCAUUUUCUUGUGAUGUUUGUAGAAAAUCAUUUACCGAUAGAAGUAAUCUGGAGCGACACACCAGAACCCAUACUGGAAAAAAAACCUUUUCUUGUGAUGUUUGUGAAAAAUCUUUUACCUCUAGAAGUUAUCUACAGAUACACACCAGAAUUCAUACUGGUGAAAAACCCUUUUCUUGUGAUGUUUGUAGUAAAUCAUUUACACACAAUAGUAGUCUACAUAAACAUAAAAGAAUUCAUGCUAGAGAAUAAAAUACUGGUGAAAAGUGAUGUUUGUCGUAUAUCGAUUAACACUGGGAGUGAUCUACAUAAACGUUCAAGAAUUUAUACGCAUGAAAAAUCCUUUUCUUGUGAUGUUUGUAGUAAAUCAUUUACCAGUAAUAGUAAACCAUAUGACAUUCAGGUCUGAAUAAAGGUAUAAAUUUAUAUUUUUCCGUGAUUACCCAUCUAUCGUAGCAGUGAUCUCUGUUAAAAUUAUAUUUGGAAUGUGUUAAACAAGUUCUAUCAAAUAUGUGAUAAUGACUGACACCAAUAUUGUCAUUUAAGUAUAACAAAAGCAAACAAACUAUUAAAAACCGUCAUAUUGAUCUUCCCAUGUACCUUUAUGGCGGUAUAUUAGAUUCAAAAUUCUAACCUGCUAUCGUCUAAUUUCUAACUUGCUGGUUCAUCACGAUUUUCCGGUGUGGUUCCCCUUGUCAGUGAUGCAGGACGGAGGGCCUGACAAGGACAGCUGUCUAGUUGGGAUGAAAAACUGAGGUCCCGUGUACACAUUGGCGUGCACGUAAAAGAUCCCUUGACAAUUGGAAUUUUUUAUAAGAGUAGGGCAUAGUGCUUGUGAUGUUUGUAAUAAAACCUUUAGCUUGUGAUGUUUGUAAUAAAACCUUUUAUCACAUGUAGUCAUACAAGAACUCGUACUGGCGAAAAGACCCUUUUCUUGUAAUAUUUUUAUAGCAAAUCAUUUAUACACCAAAAAUAAAAUCUGUACC